AGAUGAAUUUUGAGAUCAAUUUAAGUACUACAACACCACCUAUUUAAUUUCUGGUUGGUCAUCAUCCAUGAUCGAUCCAAUAGCAUAGCAUAGCACCAUGAAGAAUAAUAACCACCAGCAGCAAGAACGGUCUCUCGCUGCUCAAUCACAGAUGUUCAGUUUCUUCUUCUCUCAUGUUCUUGUAUUUGCCUCAGGGUUGCUCAUUGGAAUCACCCUCAUCACUUUCUCUUUCAAAAACUUGUCCCUCAACUUUCAAUUCCACCAACUCUUCCUUCCAUCACUGUCUCCUCAUUCUGAUCCCAUUCUCAUCUCUGCGUUAAAUAAUCAAACAAAAGUCACCAUCCAUUCCAUCUUGAGGCCAACCAAAGCGGCUAUGCAUGACAUGACAGAGGAAGAGUUGCUGUGGAGAGCUUCUAUGGUUCCUAUGAUUAAGGAACUUCCUUACAAUCACACCCCAAAGGUUGCAUUCAUGUUUUUGACAAAAGGGUCUGUCCUUUUGGCUCCACUGUGGGAGAGAUUCUUCAAAGGAAAUGAAGCCUUCUAUUCCAUCUAUGUCCAUUCACUUCCUUCUUUCAAUGACACUGUGCCUCAAACUUCUGUGUUUCAUGGCCGCAGAAUACCAAGCAAGGAGGUAAGAUGGGGUGACUUCAACAUUGUAGGGGCAGAGAGACGUCUACUAGCCAAUGCACUGCUCGAUUUCUCUAAUCAACAUUUUGUUCUUCUCUCAGAAUCAUGCAUUCCUUUGUUCAAUUUCUCAACCAUCUAUAACUAUCUUAUGAACUCAACCAAGACCUUUGUGGAAGCCUAUGACAUGCCAGGUGCAGUGGGGCGAGGCAGGUACAGCCCCAGAAUGAGGCCACUAGUUAACCUUUCUCAAUGGAAAAAGGGGUCACAAUGGUUUCAAAUAGACCGUGCCCUUGCCAUUGACAUAGUUUCUGACCAACAAUACUUCCCCUUGUUCAACAAGUAUUGCAAGAAUAGAUGUUAUGGUGAUGAGCACUACUUGCCAACGUUUGUUAGUAUCAAGUUUUGGAAGAGGAACUCUAACAGAACAUUGACAUUUGUAGAUUGGUCAAGGGGUGGAGCCCAUCCUGCAAGGUUUAUGAGACAACAUGUAACUGUUGAUUUUUUGAAGAGGCUAAGGCAUGGCAGAACAUGUCUCUACAAUGGGAAGACCACCAAUAUUUGCCACCUGUUUGCAAGAAAAUUCAUGCCGCAGGCUUUAGAUAGAUUGCUGAGGUUUGCUCCACGAAUAAUGCAAUUUAAUUGAUUUGUACGUGUUUGUUCAUGUUUUUUUUUUAUUUUUAAAUUUAAUCAUUUUAUACAGAUCAGAGUUUAAAUAGAGUACUACUAGUGAAGUAUUUAAUCAUAAAUUCAUUUGUAUACUAUAAAUUAACGGUACAUUUUAUAACAAGUUUUUCUUA